GCAGUACUUGAUUGAGAGAGGCCAACUGAUUUUGUUCUGUGCAGGAGCUAAUUAAUUAGUUCGGUAACAAAAUGGGUUCUGUAGCAUGCGAGGAGCCCGACACGGCGUACGACCAGUUACUCAUUUGUCCGAGCGGUCUGGGGCGCAAUCAAGUGACCGUUGAUUUCAGCAAUGCCUACGACCGGGUGCCGCAUCCAGACGAGGCGCUGGAGAGCAGCGUGUACCAGACGUGGAACAAAGUCCUGAGCAAUCAACCUUACUUGUUUAACGCGUUGAAGUUCCGCUAUGGUGGGACGAGCGUUUUAGAAAGGAAGGAGGAGAGGAAGGGGAAUGUGGAGGGGUGUGGGAAAGGGAGGGAGAGGAAGGGCAUUCCAUGGAGAGUGUGCAUUCGCUUAGGCUUGACCGAUUACGGGUCGUUCGUCGGUACACAGCUUGGUUCUGCGUGGAGAUCCUUCCUCUGCACUGCACCGGAGAGGCUGGAUCCCGAUCGGGACCACGUGCUACGAUGCAGACACAUGGCAGCUAACAUUGGCAAUGCCGCGAUCGUCGAGACAAGCGACGAAAAAGUGCUGGUGCUGGCACGAGGAGAACGGGUGGGAGAAUUCCCGGGGCGCAUCGUGUACCCGGGGGGUCAUUCUGAGCCGUCAGUUGUCGGGAUCUCUGGCCACGAUGAACAGAAGGGCGGCAAGCCCGAGGAAAAGGAGGGUUGCACAAAGGUAAAGCAGCAGCAGCAGGAGGAGGAGGAGCAGGAGAUGGAGAAGACGGGGGAGAGCAGAAGGAAGGAGGGCAGUAAGCUGACAAAAAGACAGCGAAGGAAUGAAGACAUUGCGAGAGAGAUGUUCGAUGGGAUAAUUAGGGAGGUGGUGGAAGAGACGGGGGUGCCAGAGGAGUUCCUGAGCGAUCCGUUGCUCUUGGGAAUCAGUUGCCGACGUGUCAAUGUAAGAUUGGCCGCCUUCUUCUUCGUCGGAUGCUCAUUAACUGCAGCUCAGGCGCUAGAAUGCUACAAGACCGCUGUUGAUGGGUACGAAUCGACGGGAUUGAGGGCGUUGACAAGAGAGGAGCUGUGGAACGUGGGAAAGAACAUGCCCGGGGAUCACGCAGGAGGCACGGAGUUGUACAAAAUCAUGAUAGCAUCCCGGCAUUCGGCGCGGUCGGAAUCUGAAUGAUUGAUAACCCCGCAUCAAUUGCAUACAUUCAGAGAAGGGUUGGGAACCUGCCGGCCGCAUAGCGCCAGUGUGUGUAGCGCUGCGCCGCCUCUCGAGCAACCUGUGUGUAGACCUGCCCAGGCACACGCCCAGGCAUACGACGUGCCCGGGCACACGACCCCGCAUGAGGUACCGGUUGCUUGGAGGCCACGUGGCCUGGAAUCACCGCCCAAGAGGCAAGUAGGCCGGUGUAUCUCCAGGAGGAUCGAAGUGCUCCUCAUUUGCAGCCUGCAAGUUUGGAAGUCACGCUGCUGGAGCGCAGGGCUAGUGUGCAGUGCUGUGAGUGGAAGAGGAGCUUGGGCUGGAGGAGGAGGAAGAAGAGGACUCGGAAAGGGGAGUGCCAGAGGUACUUACCUGGCUAUGGCGGACGCCAUCUUCAUCACUUUGGUGGGCGCUGCAUCCGGAAGGCCCCAUUGGGGGUAGAGCUACAUCAAGAAGCUUUGAGGUAGAGUCCUGAGCAGGAGCAGCCAUAGCUGCUUUGAGUCAUCUUUUGCACGUCAGGGCAAGGUCCUAGUAGUCCGCCAUAGCCUUGGCCUCCAUGAAGAGGAAGGAGAAGGGUGGCCAUGGCUAUGGUGUACCUCAUGUUGUGCCUGCAGUAGAAAAGGGAUUCGGAUAUUGAUUCUGGUUCGGCCAUUCAUCAUCAUCAUCAUCAUUAUUAUUAUUUAGUGUUUGAAUAAGAGGGCAGGAGAAAAGUAGGAGUUCGGUUGGCAGGAAGAAGGGAACUAUCAUUGGUCUUUGCUGUGUAUCUUCUUCUUCUUUCCCUCUCUCUCCUCUCAAGUUCAUUCAUUUCUUUUUGCACUUGGACGGCCAUUGUGCAUUGUGCUUUCUCGUGAAUUUGAACUUUGAAAUUUGCCAGGAUCAUAACAUUGGUAUAGGAGCGGAUUCUACUUGCUGGCCAACCCUAACCUAAGUUGGAGGGCUACCACUUAGGGUUGGGCUGGAAGCUGAGGGAGGUGGGGCAGCGUGGUUAAGGAAAGCUGCCCCCACCUGGUUAGCUCGUGUUGGGUCGACUUUGGACCUGACCAGGUUGUGUGAGAGUAAGUUUGGAGUGGCGAGACACUUCGAGAGGACUUCAUGCAACAAUUUGGGAGAGGCGACAGUGAGAGGCACUUGCACCUGGAAGGGAGACACUCGGCGACUUUAGGGCCUCCCUCAAGUAAGCCAGCUUGAGGGACAGCCAUUCUACAUCUACGGACUGCGAGUUGCUACUUCGAUCUUCAACAUAGGUGGGGACACCGGUUUUGCACUUUGGUGUUGGAGUCAGACCGUCCUAGUACAUAGGACAGUAGUGUAGGGGUAGCAUUGAAGGGGUCAGGAGGACCAUAUGAGAGGGGGGUGAGUUCUAUCUCGAAACUCAGGCUACUGUAUUUCAAGAUGUAUCAAUGGGACGCUGGACCCGGUUUCCAGCAGGUGCCGCUCCCCACCAAUAGAUAGAUCACCCCGACAGAUAAGGCCUCAAUUCUGACGGUUCUCUUACCACCGCCAGGAUAGAGGGAUAUCGCAGGGGCUAUUCUUCCAAAAAAAAAAAAAAAAAGGCUACUCAGGGAAGUGUCGUGCACCUAUGAGAUGCCCAUGUACGUGUGUACAUGGUAUUGAUUGUCUUGUUCAGGUUAUUCCGGGUUUCUUUUCCUACUCAUUUGUCGUUUUGAUUGUGUGUAUGAGUAUGCAAACUGCUUUGUGUAUGAGUAUGCAAACUGCUUUCUCACCUAAUGGAUGAAGAGAUGAGGUAUCUUGCUUUGGACACCAUAUGUUUCUACAGUGCAUUGUCUUUUUGUCUUUGAAUGGACGUAGAUCGUAGGUUCUCUUUGAGGUUGGAGUUCGUUUUUCAGUUCGGUAGAGGCAAAAAGUAUGUCAUUGCGGGACUCUCAUUGGUUGGGACUCGGUCACGACAUACUUUUCU